CAAGACCAAGAUCCAGGACAAGGAGGGUAUCCCCCCGGAUCAGCAGCGUCUUAUCUUCGCUGGUAAGCAGCUUGAGGAUGGCCGCACCCUGAGCGACUACAACAUCCAGAAGGUAUGAACCGGUUCCGCCAAUACUCCAUAUAUCGAAUCUUGUGUGCAACGGAUGAUCGGAUACGACAUGAUGCGAUACGGUCGGUUGGGGCGCCCGCCAACAACACAACAAUUCCUGUUUUCGGAUCCAUCGGCACGGUCGCAAUCAUGGACGUUUCACGAUUAUCGGUUGCAUGCGCAUGUGUUCGGGAAUUGGGAAAGAUCGUUUUGACUGACGGGUUGUUCUUUUGUUUGAUCUAUAGGAGUCCACUCUCCACCUGGUCCUCCGUCUCCGUGGUGGUAUCAUCGAGCCCUCCCUCAAGGCUCUCGCCUCCAAGUACAACUGCGAGAAGUCCAUCUGCCGCAAGUGCUACGCCCGCCUUCCCCCCCGUGCCACCAACUGCCGCAAGAAGAAGUGUGGUCACACCAACCAGCUCCGCCCCAAGAAGAAGCUCAAAUAGACGAUCAUCUUAUUACGGUUUUUCUGCGUUGCUGGGAAAAAGAGCUGCUGGGGUUACGAUACGAUUGCAACGUGGGAGGUUUUCUACACGGCGUUGGAAUGAUGAAUCAUUAUAGCCGAAGUCAAAUGUUCAUAGUUGACUCCUCGGAAGAAGUUGCAAUCAAGGCACAACUGUAAAAUUCAAAUCCUUCGUCGCAUUCUUAGGAGUAGAUACACAUACG